AUGACGCCGAACGUUUACAAGGAGCGUGUCAGAAAGGCUUUCGAGUACGCUGACGCAGAGGCCACCGGAUCGUUGACGAAACGGCAAUAUAAGAUCGCCAUGACGGCAGUUUUUGGGCAUUGCCCGGAGAAAGUAGAAAUAAAACACGCUUUUGAAUCCACUGAUAGGGUUUCCUAUGAAGAAUUUGAACAUUGGGUAUCCACGAAACAUUUUACGGAUGAUGCGCAUGUUAAUCCGGAAAUAUUGUUCACGUUACUGGAUAAAGACUAUAAAGGAUAUUUAGUAGUGGACGACUUUUUUUCGGCAAGUACGUUGGUCGGCCUAAAAAUUUCACCCUCGAUCUGGGAAACCGUAUUCAAAGAACUGGAUCGUCACAAAAAGGGAUACAUCGAUUUUGUUGACUUUUCGCGUGUAUUGGCAACCGUAUACAAAAUUACAGCGAGGUAGUCUAGUCUUCAAUACAAUUUAAAUAUAACGCAAAUUGAAAGACGAUAAAGAAACAGCUCACAUUUUAUCACAAUGUCAUAAAACGUUUCCUCAAUCGUCAUUCUAUUCACUUCCUUACAGACUAAAUUACAGCCCUUGAA